AUGGCACCAUCCGAAUCCAGACCUAUGCUUGGGAAGAAAGCUGCACCAGCGGCUGAAGAGGAAAGCAUUGAAAAGCAAAGCCAACGCGAUCCCGUCCCAACCACAACAGAGCAUCCAGACUCCAGACCUAUGCUAGGGAAACCGACCCCAUUAGCGGCCGAAGAGGAAAGCUUGAAAGAACAAACCCAGCGCGAUUCCACGCAGAACAGAACGACAUCCUCGGAUAGCAGACCUACCUCUGGCGAGAAAUCGGCGCUAUGA